CAUUCCAGGACACGUUUACUUCCUGUUUAAAACGAAACAUGAAUACGGUUUUGGCAAGAUUAAACACAAUUUUUGCCUUCACGCUGAGCGUGAUGGCAGGAUUGACUUUUCUGUGCUUUUUAUCAACCUAUUUCAAUGAUCACCAGGCAGUUGUUGCGAUAAACACCGGGAAAGUUAUCGUAAAAAAUGUUCCUGACUACAGUGCCUCAAGAGAGAAAAAUGAUCUUGGAUUUGUGGUCUUUGAUCUACAGACAGAUUUGUCAGAUAUAUUCAACUGGAACGUAAAGCAGCUGUUCCUGUAUCUGACAGCAGAGUAUGCAACUGAGGACCACACAUUGAAUCAAGUUGUUAUAUGGGACAAGAUUAUACGACGUGGGGAGAAUUCAAUUCUAGAUUAUAGAAAAGCUAACACGAAAUAUUACUUUUGGGACUUUGGAAAUGGACUCAGGGCCAAUAAAAAUGUGACCUUGACAUUGUCAUGGAAUGUGAUACCCAAUGCUGGCACUCUGCCAAAGAUUCAAGGUCAAGGUCAUCAUAGAUUCGAAUUUCCAGAAGAGUACAGUCCAAAUAGAUUCCAGUGAUUAAAGCUUUAGGAUAGACAUAGACUUUUUAUAGGAUAUUAUUUAAUUGAUAAAAUCAAAAUUGGUGGAGGAAUUGGAAAGAAGAGUUGGCCGAGGUACAUGGAAGAAAUAAAGACACUCUGGAAAAAGGCAUCUGAGUAGUAUCUUUGGUGCUUUAUUUGCUUCUAUGUUUUGUAACCACUGUCCUCUAAGGGCUAGAAAAUUGCAGCAAAUAAACUGGCUUACUUGGGGUAAUAAAAGCCUGUGUGUUGACUUGUUAGUUUAUUCGGGUUUGACACUGACCAGAUUGUGCUUGUGUCCAGUCUGUAGGAACCAGUAACAUGCCGGUAUCCGUUGAUUUCAUUUGCUGACUCACUUGUUACACAAGGGAGGAUAGUCGUAUUUCACAACAUCAACUACGGUGGAUGGUUUGAUAUUUGAAGUAGGCCCACUCUUUACGAGUACAUUGUGUACAAAGUGCUGAAGAAGUGUUUUGAUAUAAAUUUGUUGCAUUAAUUUAAAACCUGAUGAUAAAGCAAAAUGUUUUUAAUUUCAUUUUCCUUUAAAAAAAAUAGCAGUUGGCCUGUGUUUUACAAAUAGUAAAAUGCAGGGCCCUACCUUUGUGCUAUGGUUGGAGGUCAGUGGUUACAUAACACAGAUGCAUAAGCAGUAUAAUCAGUUGGGGAAAGCGAAAGAGAAAUAUGAAAGAAAUGGCAUUCAUUGAAGAAGUACUGUUUACAGAGAGUUUAAGAGUUUGCACCAUCUUGUACUUGCUGUUCCACCAUACCUUUUUAAUCAUGGUAAUCUAAAAUCGUUAUUAACUUACGGGAAGAAUUGAUCUAAACUACAAUUUCAUGUUAAUAUUAUUCCUCUUUUUCACAGUUAGCUUCAUUAAACUUUACAGAACUUGUUGAAAAUUUAUACAAUGCAUAUUCAGGAUGCCAUAGGAACAUGUAUAGUGCUAUGUUAUACAGCAAGAUGUCAUUCCAUUUCAAACUGUAACUGUAUUUUAAAAACAUCUAUGUCAUUUAGUGCCUACCAAAUACAGUGAGUAAUGUUUACACUGAAUCAAUUUUAUUUUAAAUGCCAUUCUCUUCCUCAUCAGUUCUAAUUCAGUUAGGUUAUCUUUGUAUUCUUAUUGAGUAUUGAAUCUUUUUUGUGUGACUAGUCCAAGGAAACUACUUCAAAGAAUUUCAGUUUCCAUGUUUAACUUAGGUCUAUUGAAAGACAUUUAAAUUGCCUUGUGUCUCAGGAUGAUAAAAAUGUGCAGCCAGAACAUAGCUCAAAGCUAAGGCCUCGGAAUUCUGUUCCAGUGCUCUACUGACAGAGCUACCGAGCAGCUUUUAUCUCCAGUCAUAGAUUGAGAUGCGUGUAUAUUUUGUAUUAUAUAGGUACAGUAUUUACAUUCUUAUUGUAACAGUGCUGGAUGCGAGUGUCAGAUGUGUUUUUGCAUACUGUAAAAUCAGACAUUUUUGCAAGUGAUUUACGGUACUUUCCCUAUAUUUUCUAUCUUCAUUUUAAUGAAAGUAAAUACUUGUGAAAAGUGCUAUUAUUGUUAUGAAAACUUCUGUCACAAGUUGACCAUAUCAUUGAUUUUCUACCAGCCUUACCCAGCUUAAUUUCUGUAAUGAACUUGUCUAUCUGUCAAUUUCGACAGUACCAUUAACUGUUAAAAGGGGUGUUUACAAAAACGAUACUGACCGAAUGCAGUGCAGACUGCAUGGAUGUGCAGUCUGAUCAUGAUCUACAUUGGUCGCAAAGGCAGAAUCAAUCAUAUCCAGCAUGAUAAGGGUUAAAUAAGUGAACUUUUCGCUUUGCAAAAAUAUCUGAUUUUUCCAGUUUUAGAUUUCUCAGCUUUUGACACUAGUUUGCAAAGAACCUGCAGUUUCUAAGCGUGACUGGUGUUGCAUGUAUAUCAUACAUAUAAUAGUAUCUUUAUAAUUUAUAUGUACAAAGUCAGUUAAUUACAAAUUGUGUAUUUAACUUAUAUUGUAUAGAAGAAGGUGAGUUUGUAUGUUGUAUAUUUAAGUAUAGCAUUAAAACAUAGAGAUAUAAUUGAAACUCGAUAACUUGAACUCGCUUACCUCAGUAUUCUGGGUAUCUCGAAGACAUUUUCAAGUCUCAUUCCGAAAACGUGCACAAGGUAUCAUUUUAAGUCUAAUUGCCAUUAUUUCGUAGUAAAGUGCACAAUCCUUUAGAAGUCGAGAUACCGAGUUUCCACUGUAUUUGCAUUUCUACGGCCUUGAAAAAGAAUGUUUAUGAUCUAAUUCACUUAUCUUUUUUCACUGGUAUAAAACCUUUGCCAUUCAAAUAGAUGUCUUCAGAAAAUCAUUGCAAAUGUUGUAUGUAAUCCGCUAUUGUGAUAUAUGAUAGGUUCCACUUUUCAGUGUAUGUGUAUGUUUAAUAAAUUCUUGUACAAUUUAACCUGUGUUAACAGCACCUCUCAGGAGUGAAUAUCUCCCUCCAAAGCCAGGCCUUUGAAGUUCUAAGUACAUUAACCUCUAUAUGAGUAAUGAUCCUUUUACAUUAAACAUAUUUCAGUGUUUCCUUGUAGGGUUACUAUGGGGAGGUUGUACAGUAUGUAAUACUGGGAAUAUGCAUCUACUAAAAUGGUAGGAUAAAUUUUUCAAACUGCUCACCCCAUGUAUUUGACAAAACAGCAAAAGUAGGUUUUACAAGUGUUUUAUGAACACAGGAGACAUUUAGUGAAAUAUAUAAUAAUCCUACAGGUAUGCACACAUGUACAGGGGCAUCAUUGGGCAGCGGACUUCUAAUCACUUGCCCUGUACAUAUGUGGGUUAAGCUGAGGGUAUAAAAUUCUUAAUGAGAGGAAGCCAUCCAGCUGGCUUGCGGUAGGCCGGUGGUUGUACCCAGGUGCCCACCCAUGCCAGAAAAAUACCUGGAGUAACAGUCUUCCUCUAAAGCUGGAAAAGUCAUGACAUGACAUAAUUGUGUUGGUAUGUUAUUUAACUCAAUCAAAAAAUGCAUACAUGUACAAUUAUCAAAACUCGGCCUCGCAUUUAUGACUUGUUAGCUGUCAGUCACAAUGUAUAUAUGAGCCGUGCCAUGAGAAAACCAACAUAGUGGGUUUGCGACCAGCAUGGAUACAAACCAGCUGUCUGGUCAGGAUCCAUGCUGUUCACUUUCAAAGCCUACUGCAAUUAGAGAAACUGUUAGCGAACAGCAUGGAUCCUGGCCAGAUGCGCAGGCUGGUCUGGAUCCAUGCUCGUCGCAAACCCACUAUGUUGGUUUUCUCGUGGCGCGGCUCAUAUAAUUGUUUUGAAUUCAUAUAAACACUAUUUCAUUUAACUACUGUGCAACAUUUCUAGAGCGAUACUGCUUUGAAGACAAAAAUGUUUUUGUUCAACAGAGUUUGUUUGUCUAAAGAGAUUUUUUUUAAAUGUUACAAGGCAAGAAAAUAUCUGCCCUUAGAGUGUGAUAGUAGCUCCUUGGAGGUGUCUUUAUUAGAAGUUACUGUAAAAUAAAUUUUUUUCAUGGGCACAAAGUUUCAUGGUUUUGGCAAAAUAUUUCUUUGGGAUAUGGAUUAGUGGAUUCCAACUUAUGAACAUAAAAUUUACGGCAAUAUACUUAUUUAUUAAAAUUAAAUUUUACGGAUUGACUCAACCACAAAAUCUAUGAAAAGUAGGCCCCCUUAGAUAUUAAUGAUUUCACAGUAUACAGAACCAGUAUAUUUGACAGCAUUAUUGAAUGUUCAAGGGCAUAAGAAAAAACUUAUAUAAGAUUUCCAAAGUGAUUUGCAUGUAACAGCUGAUACUGAAAAUUGUAAAUAUAUUGUAAAACAGUACUGUUGCGCAAUGUUUUAGUAGGAAUACACUUGGUGCUGUUUUUUACUGCAAGUAGUUUAGUUAUUAGUAGUAAAGCAGUUUUGUAGUGUGACUAUUUGUUAACACUCUUGUUAGAUGAUGAACCCGUGAAACAAUAGUAAUAAGAGUGAGGGGGGAGUGAUUCAAGGUCCGUAAUCUUAAAGGCUCAGCCACGGUGAAAAGCGUUGUUUGUUUGCUCACAGCAAGACUAUAUUUCAUAAUAAAUAUCAUUAAUUUUGUGCUUCAUCACAUGUGUACAAAUUUCAGCUGCAGUUAUUUAAGAAAGUUAUGAUCCUUUGCUCUUAUGUAGGGUGAUAGAUGGAUAUGACCUUUUUAUGUUGUAAAAUCCAACUCAUACACUCACACCUUUCAUAUAAAAGUUUUUUGAUAGAGAUGUAGUCAAAUGAUGAAUGAUUUACGUUAGUAUUGUAAUUAGAUGUUCAGUAAUGUAAUGUAGAUUAGAUUUAUUCUUGAAGCAAAUAUAGGCCAGCCACAGAAAGCAGCCUUUCCAUUGGUCAGUUUCAAAACUGCUCAGAAGCAAGUUUCCACCAAUUAGAUAUAACGGUAGGAGUUUUAAGACUGGUAAGAAUGCAGGGCUUUGUCAGUGGAAGAUUUGUAUGUUUUUGUAUCAAAAGCUUUAUACUUUAAGAAAUGAUAUGAGACAAUUUCCCUAUGAAUAUCUAUUCAUUUUUGGUAAAUUUUAUUAUCUAGCAAAGAAGUCUUGGUGUAGAACUAUUGUAAGCAAAUUUAUUAUAGUAUUUUGUCAGAAAAAUCUGUUUUUCCAAAAACAUUUAUGGCAAUAAACUUAUUGUUUGUAUGUAAGGUGAUUAUGCUGGAUAUUACCUGUGAUUAAUAUUCUAAUUGUUUUAUACUGUAUGGGAUUAUUGUGGAUUUGGUAAUUUUCGCAUCACUUUUUCUUUGCGAUUUGAAAAUAUAACACCUAGGUUUAUUCGCAUGUUAAGAAUUGGUUUCUGCUUUAAUGCUUCUUAAUUGUCUCGAGAGCUUUGAAAUCCCCUGUCACUGAUUGCAAAUAUUGGCAAAAAUAAAACCCUCACGAAUAUUAUCCAAUCUACAGUUUAAGGUAGCGGACCGGUAAUGACAUUUUGUAAAUUAUAUAUUCUCCAUAUGCGAGUUCGGCAGUCUACGGGAGGUUGCAGAUAGUUGUGUGUGCAUUUAGCUACAUAUACGUGGGAUGAAUGCCGAAUUACAUAUUGUGAGUAUUUUAUCGUACUGAAAUUGCCAAGUGUCAUUACAGAUCCACUGUCUUAAUGUGAAUGAAAUAAUGAAUGAUUAUAAUUUAUAUGUUAGCUUUCUAAAUAUCUGAUGUACCGGCUGAAUUGUACAUUGAUAUGUGAAGGAUGAAAGAGUUAAUAAUGAUUGCUUUUAAUCAUGAAUUGUGUGUCUGACUAUGAUGUAAGCAUUCUCAUAAAUUAACAGAUAUUUUUCCUUAUAGUCAUAUUGUUAUUAUUGGUGGAAUUUGUUUCAUAAAUCUUUUUCUUCUUCUCUUUUUAAUCGAAUGAAUUACACAAGCUUUUAAAUGUUACUUGGUGAAUGGAUUUAAUGGUAAUAAAUUUUGUAUUUAUUUUAUUACCUUAUUAUAUAUACUGUUCUAUUGUUGUAAAGUAAAGUGUAAAAAGUGUG